AUGAGUCACAAAGCGAAAACACGCAUAUACAAAGCGUGUGUGAGACCAGUGCUCACAUACGCCGCCGAAACGAGGGCAGAAACGUCGACAACGAAGAGAAUGGCGAGAACAACCGAAAUGAGGAUACUAAGAUCAAUCAAAGGGAUAACACUCAGAGACCAUGUGAGGAGUUCAGACAUAAGGGAAGAACUGGAGGUGCAGGAUGUCGUCAGAUGGGUGAGAGCACGCAGGAGGUUCUGGAGAGACCACGUGGAGAGGAUGCCGGAUGAGAGACUAGCCAAAUGGGCGGAAACACAAAAACCCAGCACACGCAGACCAUUAGGGCGCCCUCCAAAGCGUUGGAAAGAGAGCUGGAACUCGUUGUCCCAGGAAAGACAAUAA